GUCGACGCCACGGUCGGCUACGAGAUCCCGUCGUGGUCGACCGACCGCUAUAAAGCAUACCUUGGAACGGCAGAGCAUGAAUUGGAAAUAUGCUGUCUGUCCCGCAUUCGUCGAGUCUUCACAAGUGGAAGGCUACCGUUAGCAAUAAGCCAUGAUGUCCCCACCGACUAAAGUUAUCUCUGCCCUUGUGGCGGCCCUCCUGCCCUUUGCAAGAGCCAUCACUCCCGAGCUUAUGCUUGCUGCUCCUCGCCGGAGUGCUGCAACUGUCAAUCCUACUGCUCAAUUGGCUGUGUUCACCUCUACCACCUACGAUUGGGCUGAGCACGAGCCGUCAACUACCUGGAACUUACUCCAUGUUGCCACAGGAAACAUCUCUGAGCUCCCAUGGGGCAGUGAAGUCUCAGAGGUACUGUGGAUUGGGCCCACUGAUACUAGCGUCAUCUACAUAAACAGAACGAAUGAUGAGGUCUCUGGUGGUAUCUCCAUAUGGUCCGCCGACAUUGGCGCCGAAAUUAUUGCUCCAAGUUCCUUCAUCACCAGCCUUGCAGCACCGUUCUCUGGCUUUAAGGCCAGGCAGACCGAAAAUGGCGACAUUAACUGGAUCGCUUCCUCGCUAGCCUAUGCGAACAACGGCAGUGCUUACAACUCGGAGCUCGCAACCGAGCCUUAUAGUACCGCUCGAUAUUAUGACAGCAUCUACAUUCGCCAUUGGGAUGCAUACAUCUCUCAUGAGCGCUAUGCCGUGUUUGCCGGUACUCUGGGCAACAGCAACGGCACGUGGGCACAGAAAGGAGAUGUUCGGAAUCUCAUUAGUGCCCUCGAGUAUAACGUCACUCGCCCCGAGACUCCUGUUCAACCGUUCGGCGACUCUGGUGAUUUCGAUCUCAGCCCUGACGGCACAAGUGUUGUCUUCCUCACCAAGGCUCCUCAUCUUCCAAAGGCCAACUACACUGCCAGCUACAUAUACCAGGUCCCUUUCGAUGGCUCGUCAGCUCCCAAAGCUAUCAAUGGUCCAGGCAGCCCCGCGCCCGAGACUGCUAAGGGUGCUUCAUCUUCUCCACGAUUCUCUCCUGAUGGCAGAUACGUUGCUUAUGGACAGCAAGACGGUAUCUCAUAUGAGUCAGACCGAAUCAAGCUGUACCUAGCUGAUCUUAACUCUGGUGAGAUAAAGAACCUUGCGCCUGACUGGGACUUGAGUGUUGGGCUUCUAAAAUGGGGACCUGAUGGUCAGCACCUAUACGUUGGUGCCGACUACAUUGCUGCUACCAAGCUCUUCAUCAUUCCUGUCAAUUCGGAUGCCAGCUUUAUACCAAAGAACGUAACUGGCAGCCGUAAGACUUCUAUCACCGACUUCGAUGUCCUUCCCAAUGGUAACGCACUCGUCUCCUCCAACGCUGUCUGGACUUCGCGUAACUUCUACACCGUGACCCCGGAAUCCCAUAUUGAAAUCCUUUUUGCUGCGAAUGAUGUUGAUCCUGGUCUCACAGGUCUUCACCCGGAAGACUUCGAGGAGUUCUGGUACCCUGGCAGCCAAGGUGACCUCCAGCACUCUGUCCUAAUCAAGCCGACCAACUUCUCUGCAGAUGAGAAAUAUCCUCUGGUUUUCUAUAUUCACGGUGGCCCGCAGGGUUAUACCGGAAACACUUGGAGCACACGAUGGAACCUGCGAACAUGGGCUGACCAGGGCUAUGUCCUCAUUGGCCCUAAUCCAACCGGCAGUACCUCAUUCGGCCAGAAGCUUACCGACAACAUUACGAACGAAUGGGGCUCAUACCCGUACGAGGAUCUUAUCAACGCAUAUAACUAUGCGAAGGACAAUUACGACUAUAUUGACUUCGACAACGCUAUUGGGGCCGGCGCCUCUUACGGUGGCUUUAUGACUAACUGGAUCCAAGGUCACGACUUCGGUCGCAAGUUCAAGGCACUCGUGACACACGACGGGACCGCCUGUGGCGAGUGCAAGUACCAGACUGAUGAAAUUUGGUUCAUAAACCACGACAACAAUGGGACGUGGCUUAAUGCUAUGCAGAACUAUAAUAAGUUUGAUCCGCUCGACCAUGCCGCAAACUUCUCAACGCCACACUUCAUCGUGCACAGCGAUCUAGACUACAGACUACCUGUUGGAGAUGGCAUCGCAUUGUUUAACGUGCUACAGGAGAAGGGCGUGCCAAGUCGAUUUCUUAACUUCCCAAAUGAGAAUCACUGGGUACAGGACCGGGAGAAUAGCCUGGUUUGGCAUACUGAGAUCUAUAACUGGAUCAAUUAUUGGACAGGCAAGGUUGACUCACUAAGCGACACGCCCAUAAAGUCCUAAUUAACGAGAAUAUGAAUAAUAAUAACGGCCGGAGACGAGAAUUAUAGUUUAUAAGAAUACGAAAUAAAAUAACUUAG